GUUCAAUGUAAACCUUCACACUGAUGGAAAGAAGCGGCCAACAUCAGGAGCAGAGUCCCUCACUCAGCCAGCGCUGCAAUUUACCCAAAAUGUUCAAUUUGUUUCUCCAGCGCGGAUUAAAACUCCGCGAGCCCUCGGCCUCUAAUGGGGAGCAGCUGCAUUAACUAGUGGACAGACUUCCAUUAACAGUUUUUCUUUGCCGCCGGCCAGGUCACCGAGCUGAGCAAGCACUGUGACAGGAAGAGCGACAUUAAACUGACUAUUUACUAAUGUGGCACGUUUUUUCCUGUUCUGAUAGAGAGACCGGAUCACGGGGACAGGUGACCUUAAAGCUGCGCGUUAUCUUUCUCUGAAAAGCCUCGAGGAAGUUGAAGAGGAGAGAACGGGAGCCAAGGGCUGCAGGCCACAGCAUGGGCAACUCCUCCAGAAAGGGAGAGGGAGAAGAGGAAGAGGAGGGGGCGAAGGGUGGCGAGGAGGCAGAAAUCACAGAGAAGAAGAAAGAGGAGGAGGAGGUGGAGCAAGAGCUUCCAAUGGGGGUGGAGGAGUUGUUUGAGAGUGGAGAUCCCGUGCUGGACUUGAGCUACCGUAAAUUUAAGCGGUUGCCUUCGCGUGUUAGUGGACUAAUGCAUCUGGAAAAGCUGUAUGUUUGUGGAAACAGCCUGCGCACUUUGCCCGACAGCAUCUCCCAGCUGCAAGGUCUGCGGAUCCUUGCCCUAGACUUCAACAAGAUGGAGGAUGUUCCCGCAGCCGUCUGCCAGCUCACUAACCUCACUCGCCUCUACCUGGGCAGCAACCGGCUCAUGUCACUCCCGCCCGAGGUGAGGAACCUGCAGAGUCUGCGCUGCCUGUGGAUGGAGAGCAACUACUUCCAGAUGUUUCCACUGGAGCUCUAUGACCUGCCCAACCUCAAGUCCCUUCAGAUUGGGGACAACCGGCUGAAGAGGCUGCCUCCUGACCUCUGGCGUAUGGAGGCUUUGAGGGGAUUAUGGCUCUACGGGAACCGCUUUGAAACUUUCCCCAAAGUCCUGCUGCGCAUGGAGGGUUUGGAGAUACUGGAUCUGGACCGCAACAAGAUAUCAGAGUUUCCCAGCCUGAAGCGCCUCCACGCCCUGCGCCUCUUCUCCUACGACCACAACCCAGUGGACAGCCCACCUAAAGUGGGCGAGGAGGUGCUCGUGGUUGGAGAAGGUGCUGCAGAGUUCUUGGAGAAGCGUGAGGCCAGAAACGAGAGACGACGAAAGGCCGCAGAGCAAGAGGCCGAAGAGUUGGCUCUAGCAGGAGAGGAGCCGGUGAUUCACGGCAUCCUGAAGAACAGCAGCUCCAACUCAAAACAAGCUGUGGUGACUGUAGGGGACGCAGACAUUAAAGAGGAAGAGGCAAGGGAGGAGGAGGAGGAGGAUGUGGAGGUGCCUGUCACUGAGUACGAUGGAGCUGAGCUUGAAUAUGACGAAGAGGGGGUUGAAUAUGAGACGGAGGAGCUGAUAUGUGAGGGAGAGGGGUUUGAAUAUGAGGGGGACGAGCUGCAGUACGAAAGGGCUCAGAUGGACUAUGAGUAUGAGGAGCUGGAGGACACAGGGAGACAAGAUGAAGGGGCAUGAAAUACCCCUCAUCCAUUAAGACUAAGAUGAUCUGCAGGCAGGUGGAGGUGAAUGACAGAAAUGAAGCUGACACAAAUUAGCUGUGCUGCUAAUCUAUCGUUAACUGUGAAAAUGAAUUAGCAUUGAGGCAUUAUAAUACUGUAAACUGACAGCACCUGUGACAUCUCAAUCAGCUGCAAAUGACCAAAUCA